GCAAAAUAUGUCACGGUUCUGUUGUCAUAGAGCAUCAGAGAGCUUUUGUGAAUUUAAACUGACAUCAAGACAGUACGAUUACUUGCUAGACUGAACUCGGAACGGGUGUACAAGGGCUGAUCUUCAAAAUGUGAAGAAAGAUUACAUUAGAAAUAAUUCCGAGCGACCUUGGGGAACAAGUCAGAGCAGAUGUUGAUCCCUGGAGUCAGUUCGUCUCUACCUCUCAGUUGGCGCUAGACCACCACAAUGAAGCUAAGAGGUAUUUUGGUCGUCUUCAUCGUGUUCCAAGGCGCCUACGCAUUGGACAACGGUUUAGCACUCACCCCACCCAUGGGUUGGAUGACCUGGCAAAGGUUCAGAUGCAAUACGGACUGUACAAAAUAUCCUGACGAAUGUAUAAGUGAAAAAUUAAUAAGGAGAACAGCGGAUGCCAUGGUAAGAGAAGGAUAUCUAGAAGCUGGAUAUGAAUACAUUGUUAUUGAUGACUGUUGGCUAGACAUGAAUAGAACAAGUACCGGCAAUUUGCAAGCGAACUAUACUAGGUUCCCUCAUGGCAUGGUAUCCUUAAUUAAUUAUGUACACAUGAAAGGGCUAAAAUUCGGAAUUUAUGAAAAUUAUGGCAACAAAACAUGUGCUGGUUAUCCAGGGUUAUAUGGCUAUGAAAAAGAAGAUGCAUAUAUGUUUGCUGAAUGGCAAAUUGAUUACUUAAAAGUAGAUGGCUGCUACUAUUAUGGAAAAGAGUAUGCGGCAGAUUAUGAAAAGUUUAAAAGGAUUUUAAACCAGACAGGACAUCCCAUUGUUUAUUCCUGCAGCUAUCCUGCAUACACAGAUAUGGAAAGUAUACCUACAGAUUUUUCAAUUUUGUCAGAAAAUUGCAAUCUCUGGAGAAAUUAUGAUGACAUCCAAGACUCGUGGAAUAGCGUCACAGAUAUACUAGAUUAUUUUGCUCUUAAGCAGGAUUACAUUGCACAGUUUGCUGGACCAGGACAUUGGAACGAUCCCGACAUGUUGCUUAUUGGAAACUUUGGGUUAAGUUACGAACAGUCUAAGGUACAAAUGGCGUUGUGGUCAAUUUUAGCUGCCCCUCUGUUAAUGUCAACUGACCUAGACAAAAUAAGACCAGAAUAUGCUGAUAUUCUUAAAAACAAAAAGAUAAUUGCUGUUAACCAAGAUCCAUUAGGCAUUCAAGGUUUAAGAGUGUUAAGACAAAACAAAAUUGAAGUGUGGACAAGGAAAGUAACUCCUGCAAAUGAUACUGAAUACUCUUACGCAAUUGCAAUAUACAGUCGCCGCACGGAUGGUUCCCCGUAUGAAUUUGUAACAACAUUAGAAAAAAUUGGAUUAAAGUAUGCCAAAGGAUAUACUCUUGAGGACUUGUAUGAUGAAGUGCAAUACACACCGGUAUAUUAUCCAGAAUCUACACUAACCAUUCGAGUAAAUCCUUCAGGUGUUGUCUUUAUGAAGGCUUCUCUUGUACUGACACCAUAACUUAUUAUCAAAGAUUGAAUUUUACAAAAUAAAAAGCUUUAUCAAUGGUU